CUAAAAAUAUCUUUGAACAACCUGAUUCUAAAAGGAAGAUGGAAGGGUCAUUUUAAUGUAAAGGUUCUCCUCCUUUGUUAUUAAAAUACAGUUUUCAGGCUUAUUUACAUGCCUCUUUUAAAGUUUUUUAAAAUGUGGGUUAAACACCGGCAGAGCUGUGUUCAUCUAGAAAUUAAAGAAAAAAAAACAUAUGGGUUUAACUUUUAUAAUUAGAUCUGUUUAAUAGAAGUGCUUAUAAGCAGUACAGUUUGAAUCCCAAAUAUUUGAAAGUGCAGAUCUGAGGCUGCGUCGAAGACCAUCAUGGGGGCAACUCUGCUGUAAAAAUGCUGCUGUCCCUUUAAAAAUUCUUGCAGUAAUUCCUCCAGCAUGCAUAUGGCCAUAAAAAAGAGAUAAAGCUUGAAGUCAUCCACACAAACAGAGGCAGGGGAAGGAGAAAAAAAAAAGUUCCCUUGGAUUUUGAAUUAUAGAGCAGCACCUUCCUGUAUUUUACACCUGCAGAGAGGGAGGGAGGCUCAUCUGAGUCUAGGAGCCAGCGCCUGAAAGUUCUCCGCAUCUUCGCUUUGUUUUUUUUUCCUUCCAAAUUUCAGCUGUUUUGCUCUCAUCUGUUGGGUCCACCAACUCAGAAUGCUACUGCACAUCCUGUGUCCACUGUGGGCUUCGUUUGUCAUUUUUCAACAAGGCAGGUCUGUGCAGUGUAAGGAGAUGAAGUUCCCCAGCAGGGCAGUCAAGCCGCCCUCUCCCUCUGACUUUUUGGACAAACUGAUGGGACGCACAUCUGGCUAUGAUGCUCGCAUCAGACCAAAUUUCAAAGGUUCUCCUGUCAACGUGACCUGUAACAUCUUCAUCAACAGCUUUGGAUCCAUCACUGAAACAACUAUGGACUAUCGGCUCAAUGUAUUUCUAAGGCAGCAGUGGAAUGACCCUCGACUAGCAUAUAAGGAGUACCCUGAUGACUCUCUGGACUUGGACCCCUCAAUGUUGGACUCCAUUUGGAAACCUGACUUAUUCUUUGCAAAUGAAAAGGGAGCAAACUUUCACGAGGUUACAACAGACAACAAACUGCUGCGGAUCUUCCAGAAUGGAAAUGUCCUCUACAGCAUCAGACUGACACUCACGCUUUCCUGUCCCAUGGAUUUGAAAAACUUCCCCAUGGACAGCCAGACGUGCACCAUGCAGCUUGAAAGCUUUGGUUACACCAUGAAUGACCUGAUUUUUGAAUGGCUGGAUGUGGGAGCAGUGCAGGUUGCUGAUGAUCUAAUGCUCCCUCAGUUUGUGCUAAAAGAGGAGAAAGGUCUUGGUUACUGCACCAAGCACUAUAACACAGGUAAAUUCACCUGCAUUGAGGUCAAAUUCUACCUAGAGCGCCAAAUGGGCUACUACCUGAUCCAGAUGUACAUACCGAGCCUGCUGACUGUCAUCCUGUCUUGGGUGUCAUUCUGGAUCAACAUGGAUGCAGCUCCCGCAAGGGUGGGACUGGGAAUCACUACUGUGCUCACCAUGACAACACAGAGCUCUGGCUCCAGGGCCUCCCUGCCAAAGGUAUCCUAUGUCAAAGCCAUAGACAUCUGGAUGGCGGUGUGUCUUCUGUUUGUGUUUGCUGCACUACUGGAGUAUGCAGCCGUCAACUUUGUUUCACGCCAGCACAAGGAGUUCUUCAGAAUGAAAAAGAAACUCAAAGAGCAGCAGCAGAGAACUGGGACCGGUGACAGUAAGGUGAAAGGAAACAACAUGUCAGGGAACAAUGCUCCCCAUGGGAAUGCAUCCCAGCAGUGCAGUGCCUGUGCCAGGGAGGAGGAGCUGGCACAGCAGGGUUUUCUGCUCCAGAGUAUUGGACUUGCACUGUCCUCUCAGGAAAUGGAUGCAACACCCGUUUUUGCUGAUCUACCUCCUGGUUUGGGUUUCUAUGAGAUACGGAGGCGUUUUGUGGAUCGGGCCAAAAAGAUUGAUACCAUCUCCCGGGCUGUUUUUCCCAUGAGCUUCCUCAUGUUUAACGUCCUUUACUGGGUUACCUAUAAAGUUCUACGACAUGAAGACGUCCAAGGAAUACUGUGACAGACUGAGGACCAUGAACACGUUGGCUACUUCCUUCACUGAGUCCUCAGUUGAGUCAUGCAAGAUGUAUUUUGACUGCAUGUUCAGUGCAACUGAGCAAUUCUGUGACCUGGAAGAGUCCAGAGGUUUCUUUACAUUUUGAAUAACAAAAUGCACUUUUUAUUAGCACUUAUGCAUUUUCACAUUAGGUUAUUGUGUGCAUUUACAGUUCCAUCAAGUCAAAGUUUUAUAAAGGAAAAUCUGUGCGUGCAGUUGCUGUAGCCUCA